GAUAAACAUAAAGCUUUGAUCUUUGCUUGUGUUUCGUGACAAUGGAGAAGCACAAAUGCAAACUCUGUGCUCGAAGGUUCUCCAAUGGCAGAGCUUUAGGAGGUCACAUGAAAGGUCACUUAGCAAACCAUCCACUGCCCCGCAAACUCAGUAACCGUACUGACUCAGAUUCUUCUUCUUCGUCUUCAUCAGGAGAAGAGCGAGAGAAAAGCAAUGGAACCGAGUCUUUGGCUUAUGGGUUAAGAGAGAAUCCCAAGAAGAGUUUCAGGUUUGCUGAUCCUGGAUUCUCAUUUGCACCUGAUUCUGGGUCCGUCGUCCAAGACAGAGAGAGCGAGACCGAAUCAAGAAACCCAUCUCGAAGACAAUCCAAGAGAAAACCCAAGAUGGGUACUGUUAAUAAUAAUGCGACAACCGACGGAAUCAAGAAACUUAAGCUGUCGAGUCUACCCAGUUUGAUCGACUCACCACCGACCGAGCCGGAAGCGAUGAGUUCAGUUUCCGAUACUUCCCUCGAAGAACAUGUUGCUAUGUGCCUUGUGUUGCUGUCAAGAGAUGCUUGGAAAAGGAACAAUGUGGAGCGGAAAUCACAAAAAUCAGUUGAGUCGUUGGAAGAAUUGGAGCACAUCGAGUUGAGCAACAAGAAAAGUGAGUUAAGCAAGAAGAAGAUCAACGGGAAACAUCAAUGUGGGAAAUGCAGCAAGGCAUUUGGAUCUUAUGGUACAUUGGAUGAACAUAAAAGGGUGUGUCCUGAAACUAAAAUAACCGGCAAAGUUGCUGCCGCCGUUAUCGGCAAUGACAGCAAGAGAUUUGAGUGCCCAUUUUGUUGCAGAGUGUUCGGGUCGGGACAAGCACUUGGCGGUCACAAGAAAUCUCAUUUGCCCGCUUCAGCUUCUUCAUCAAACACUGCUGCAAAUUCAGGCAAAUUUGACAACAAUUUCAUAGAUCUAAACUUGCCAGCUCCAUUGGAAGAUGAUAAGUUUAGUGUGGUAUCAGAUGCAUAAAAAUCGA